GUGACAUGAAGCCAUGUGAACGGGUCAUGGUGAAAGGAACUGUUAUUUCACGGAGUCAUUGGCAAGAUAAAGUCAGGCUGGAGCUGAGAAAAGAGUCAUCCGAGAGGGAACCUGAAGACAAAGGCAAAACAAGAGUGUAUGUUGAAGGACUUGAAGGACUGUGUCUGCCCAGCAACAGUGUGGAUAAGGGGACAUCCAAUGCCCUUGUAUUCCAUCCGCUUGCAAAUGAAGUAAAUUAUAGUGGCAGUGAAAGAGACAGCUGUUCACUGACAGCACCCAACGAUUUUGCGGCGAUGUUUUGUCGGAGGAAAAUGCAGACUCUCCCUUUAGUCGAGUGAGCAUCACGCUUUCCACACCCCGAGGGAGGAUAGGAGAUGGACAGGAGGGGGACACCGGCUUUCGACGUCAAAAGCUACGGGUUAUACGGAGUGUCAACACCGUGAAUACAGGCUACAGCGUUAACGUGUUCGUCUUCACUGCCUGUGCGUUUAUACAGCCGUCACGUUACAAGCUUUUCCAGCGGGACUCGUUUUCAUCCCCGCGACUCUCGCUCAUCCGCCGAGCCGCUCUCCAGUGCUGAAACACCGGGCGCAGCUGUCGCUCCGUCCCCCGUCCUAAUGAAGGAGGCAGACGCCAUCAAGCUCUUCAUUGGCCAGAUCCCACGAAAUCUGGAGGAGAAGGACCUGAAGCCCAUCUUCGAGCAGUUUGGGAAGAUCUAUGAGCUUACGGUGAUCAAGGACAAGUACACGGGGAUGCACAAAGGUUGUGCAUUCCUCACGUACUGUGCGAGAGAGUCAGCCUUGAAGGCCCAGAAUGCAUUGCACGAGCAGAAGACAUUGCCGGGGAUGAACCGCCCCAUUCAAGUGAAGCCAGCGGACAGUGAGGGCCGAGGAGACAGGAAGCUGUUUGUGGGCAUGUUGGGGAAGCAGCUGUCAGACACUGAUGUCAGAAAGAUGUUCGAACCUUUCGGGAGUAUAGAGGAGUGCACGGUGCUCAGAGGGCCUGACGGAGCAAGCAAAGGUUGUGCGUUUGUAAAAUAUCAGAGUAACGCAGAGGCUCAGUCGGCUAUUAGCGCGCUACACGGCAGCCGCACUCUUCCGGGUGCUUCUUCUAGUCUGGUGGUCAAGUUUGCUGAUACAGAGAAGGAGAGAGGAGUCAGGCGUAUGCAGCAGGUGGCCUCCCAGCUGGGUGUCAUCAGUCCCAUGAGUCUACACCUGGGUGCCUACAACGCUUACACGCAGGCACUUGUCCAGCAGCAGGCAUUGGUGGCUCAGUCGGCAUAUCUGUCUCCCUUGGGGACAGUAGGGCUGCAGAUGCAGCAAUUGGCUGCUCUCAAUCCCAGCAGCAUCAUAGCCACGCCCAUCGCCUCACUCACACCGUCCUCAGGUACAAGCACUCCGCCAACUCUCACUGCCACGCCUGUGUCUGGUCUUCCUCCUCCCAUCACGAUUAACAGUUACACCCCGGUCCCCACAAUGGCCAACGGCCAGUCUGCCACUGAAACCCUCUACACCAAUGGUCUCCAUCCAUAUCAGGCUCAGAGCCCUGCGUUGGAUCCUCUUCAGCAGGCGUAUACAGGAAUGCAACACUACACGGCUACAUAUCCCGCGGCUUACGGAUUGAUCGGUCAGCCGUUUCCUCAUCAGCCCACCUUGGUUGCCCAGCAACCCCAGCAGCCACAGCAGUUGCAACAACGAGAAGGUCCCGAAGGCUGCAAUAUCUUUAUUUAUCAUCUGCCUCAAGAGUUCACAGACUCAGAGAUGCUCCAGAUGUUUUUGCCCUUCGGUAACGUCAUCUCAGCAAAGGUGUUUGUUGACCGUGCCACAAACCAGAGCAAAUGCUUCGGUUUCGUAAGCUUCGACAACCCGGCGAGCGCCCAGGCGGCCAUCCAGGCCAUGAACGGCUUUCAGAUCGGCAUGAAGAGGCUUAAAGUUCAGCUCAAGAGGCCUAAAGAUGCUAACCGUCCAUAUUGAGGAAGAACAGGCAAGAAAGGAGAUGUGAAAUCGAGUCACUUCACUGCAAAUUAUGGGACCAACAACUUUCGCAAAACUGCAGUAUAAAAAAUCCUUCCAAGAUUAUUUAAAUAAAAAAAUAUACAUUUAACAGAGACAGACUUAUCGCACAAGGUGCAGGCUAAAUAUAUGAAGAUACUACCUUAACAGUAUACGAUAUAGGACCAAUAAUUUUCUCGCGCAAGUUGUAUGUUCUGCACAUCCGGCCGGUAAACGCUAGUUAAAGUGCUAGCGACGCAACUCCGCUCGCUCUACUGCUUCACACACUAUUGUGCCGUGUGCUUGUGGGUCGUGACCUUUCUGCCCUGAGCCCACACAUCAACGCCCUGCACACACAAAGGGGACCAACCAACACAAAUAUGUCAGAACUACACAACUUUUGUUUCUGGGUAAAAAAGGAUGUGCGCUAACUAUAGACUAUUAAAGUCUCUUUUGCAGCAAUCUAAAAUGUGUACAUAGAAUUUCAAGGGGACCAUGUGUAGACAUAUCGUAACGGUUGGGUGGGUGGGAGUGGGUCAAUGUAAUCGAGGCAAAGAAUCAUGGGUAUGUUAGGUAGAGACGACAUGUCCUUUGGGAAUUGUGAAGAAACUGCUCUUGGUCUCAAAUGUGAGUCCAGUUAUACAUAGUUCAUCUUUAAUACGUAUGGAAAUGAAAGAUUGAGGAUACAGGAUGAUGGGCCUAUAUUGCAAAUCUCCCUAAAAUAAGUUAAUAUAGUUUAUCACGGAAAGGAUGUAGUUAGACUUUUAUUAUUUUUAGGUUUUUUAGUUUUUCUUUCUUUUCUUUUUUAAUUGUGGAUACAGUUAAAGUUGAAACAUAAAAAAUGUAUUUCAUUGUAAAUAUCAUGCUUUUAAAAUGAAGGUCAAGAUUUAAACAUUUGGGAUAUUAUUAAUUAUUAUUAUUAUUAUUAUUUAGGGAAAAUCAUUUCUAUUUUGUUUAUUUAUUUAUCAAUUUCUUGGAGGGCAUUUUUUAAAUUAUUUAUGAAGAUAGAGGAUCACUGGCUCAUGUGCCGAUGAAUCCAUGUAUUUUUAGACAUUUUAUUUACAGAAUUACCAUUAAUGAACAAUCAUUCUAUUUAUUUUCUUCAAUCGUUGUUUCACAACCUGUCAAUUAAAAAAAAUUUGAAUAAAAUUUUAAACAAUA